CGGCAGAACCCGCUCGGAGCUGUGCCGUUCGGAAAAAGGCUCGUCCUGUAGCAAUCUCAAUCUUGAAGCGAUACAAUCCAUCAAACCGAACCUACCUCCCACGAUACCCACGAAAUCCGUCAUCAUGUCUUGGCUCGGUGUUCAACCCCUCAAGAAGUUCAACGCUCCCUUCUUGAAGCCUUACUGGCCCUUCUUCGCUGCCGGUGUUGUCAUUGCCUAUGGCGUCAACUCCGCCCAGACCGCGAUGAUGAACUCUGCCGAGUGGAAGAACGACCCCCGUAACCCCAACGCCAAGUCUGGCGGUCACUGAGUUUGAUGGGAAGGAAAUGGGAUUUCGUCCAGCUAGCACGCAUAAUCGACCCGCUCGAACGCGAGGCCAUGGUUCACGAGAUGGAAUUGUAUCAUAAAAUCGAAAAAGGGGCUUAAUUGACCUACACAACGAUCAUACGAAAGUUUCCCAUGGAUAUAACUGCGAACGGCGAAUGCCCUUGAACUCCGGAUGCCCGAUUGUGCGGGAAGCAAGACCAAGUCUGGUCUGGUUAUGUGACAUGCUCAACCCUUGACUCACUCUGAAAUCU